GGGGCCGGCGGCGCCCGCGCCUGUCAGUGUGAGGGAGCGGCGGGCAGCGCUGCGGGACGCGGUACGUGCGGGCGGUGCGGGGCGACUCCGCGUUCGGGGCCGGCGGGCGGAGCUCCACGCCGUGCCGCGCCGUUCCCGACGGAGGGCCGCCCUUCCCGGGGUCGGCGGGCCGCGCGGGGCGGGGGGCAGCGGGGCCGGGCCCGCGGGGCCUGGGGCGGGGCGGGGGCCGGAGGAGCGCCUUACCCCGCGCCGGGCGCGGCCGUACGCGGUGCUGCCGGAGGGCUCCGUGCGUCCGGUGCGUCGGGCGCGUGCGGCGGCUCGAGAGCGGCGGCCGCGUGCGGUCGGGCCGCGCCGUUCGGAGGCGCCGAUCGGAGGCGUCGGACGCCCGCCGCGCUGCCGCCCGCCGCCUGUCCCGCUCCGGCCGCGGCCGCUGCGCUCCGUCCCCGCGCGGUGCCGCUCCGCGCCGUUCGGGCCGGGCCGCCGCCCGGGCCUGGCGCAGCCGCCGGAUUCCUCCGCGCUGACUCACGCGCUGCGAGCCGCGAAGUGCGGCGCGUUCGGGCGGAGCGGGCGCGGAGCUGCGGCGCUGAGCGCUGGGAUCGCCGCUUCCCCGCCGAGCGCUCCGGGCGCAGCGCACGCGAGGGCAGCCCGGCCGGCACCCGCCGCGUUGCGGCGAUGCGCGGCGUCCCCGGGGCGGUUCGUGGCGGGGCUGCCGGGGAGGUUUGGCCCGGGGCGGUUCGGGCGGCGCUGAGGAGCGGCUGCGGUCGCGUUCCCGUUUCUGCUUUACCGCGCAUCGCCGUGGCGAUGAACCGCCGGCGGCGACGGUUUCGGAGGGUCGCCCAGGAGCGCGGGGGGCGGUGCGGCCUCCUCUGCAGGCACCGGCGGUGCUCCCGGCGCUGCCGGACCUCCUGCAGGGAGCUGCGCCCCCGGGGGCUCCGCGUGGGUCCCUCCCGGCCCUUACUGCGCUGUGGUUCUGUGAGGAGCUUCCAUCUAUGCCGAGUUCGACAGAGCUGUGGGCUUGUUUGGUGUUUGCGUUUCUGUAGAUGUGAAUUGGAAACCCCGGGCCGUGCAGCGGUCUCACAGUGAGCGCUGGGCCCUGCUGACAGCACAGAGCUGCUUCUGAUGCGCUCGGGGCUGGAGGUGAUCCCUUCAGGUGCUCCAUUCGCUGUGCUGCGGUUCGGGCGGCAGCUGUGCCCCACGGGCUGCAGGGCAGAGCGGUGGCAGUGGGCUCUGAGCUGGGAAAGCUGAGUGCAUAAAACACAUAGGGACGCUUUGCUCCGGGCACGCGCUGUUGUUCGCAUCUCUGUUCAUGAAAAGAGUCGUGGAGGGACUCAGACUGAUGGAAACGGGGACGGAUGUUUGGUACGUGGAGAAGUUCUGCUCGCCGAUGUUUCCCUACAGCUGUUGUGACCUGGCUGCAGGACAGCCGGGCGGUCGCUGGGGCUCUCCAUCCCAGGGUAGGCAGAAAUGGGAGUUUGCAGUGCUUGCCAUCAAACCACUGGAACAGAAGGUGUCUGUAGCACACCUCACUGACAGCACCGGGGUUCUGCACACCUGGAGAGCAGUGGGAGCACCGUACGGAGGAGGCAGCGCAGCGCGAGGAGCAGCCCAGCAUCACAGCUCCUGCUCGGGCUGCUGGCCUGCAGCCUCUGCUCCUUCCUACCCCGAAGCCCUUCACACCUCCAGGAAGUCUUUUCUCCCCUCGCUGAGUUCGCGUGCGCUGUGUGUGAGUUAAGGUAGACGGGUGUGCUGAGUGCUGCAGCUUUCUUUUCUCAAUCCCUACUGAGACAAAUCGAAACUUCUCCCUUCUGUCGGCACGGAGCUUCUCUGCACUGCAGUACCGUGCUGUGAGCCAACACUGCUGGGAACGGAACCGCCUGAGUGUUGGCUGGAGCCCAAACGUGGCAGCCCGGCGGUGCCCCGGUGGAGGUGAGGGCGGCCGUGUUGUUGGAGUGCCCCAUGAGAGCCAGCUGGCAGAAGUCAGCGCGGUGCUCAUCGCGCUCUUCUCAAUAAGGAAGUGGGAAACCUCACGGAGACGACGUGAUGUGUUUUUCGAACGAAAUGUCGAUGUGAAGCGGCCGCAGCGCAGGAGAGGAGAGCCGUGUGCAAUGCAGGGCACCGCUGGGGUGGGAAAGGGCAGCGGGGCGCUGCAGGGAGCGCUGCUGGGAGGGCAGGAGGUGGAAGGAGCAGGAAGCGCUCCGCUGCCCCGCAGCACUGCUGUGUAUCUGCUCGGCCCGCGCAGCGCCCGUCGUUCUCAGCGGAAGCCGUCGGCUCUGUGCCGGUGCUGAACAGCACAACUGAUACCACGUCGGCUUUCGUUCUGUACAACUGCACUUUCUAUUUUACAGCAGUGAGAACUGACGUUGGUUAACGGGCUGAGAGCUGCAGCCUUCCUGAAGAACCCUUCCCGCUGCCAAUGAGGGCCCCGCGUGGACCGGUGCUGCUCACGUUCACUUACUGCCUCGUUACCCGACUUCUCCUUUUCCGCUGGCAAAUAAUGAGCCCAUGCACACAUCUGCGGAAGGAAGGAAGGAAGCCGGGGGUACUGAAAUCAAGAGUUGAGUCUCAGUGAUGUGGAUGAGUGAGAGGAGGUUCUGAAAGCAGCGAAGCCGGGACCCAGAGCACCGGGUGCUGCUCAGUGCAGGAGGGCACUCUGGGGGGCACAGCUCUCAGCACUCACGUUGGAGCAUCGUGGGGCUGAGUGCUGCUUAACCCGUCCUGAGCCGCUCACCUCAGGAGAAGUUCUGCUGUAGUCAUUAUUGAGAAGUUCUGCGUCGGUUUCUUUUCAUCUCAGCUCCCACCGAGCGCUCUGAGCCGCGCGUCCAUUGCAUCGGGGACUGUGAAGCUGUGAAAUGGCAGUGAUGGGGAUUGCGUGCCAUGGAGCUCCCGCUCCGCCCGCCAAGCAGCAGCAGGAGCUCAGUGCCACCAAAGGGCUGCACGAGGCCGCGAGCGAGAAGCAAAGCAGCGUUUGCAAAGUCGAGGAUUCAAAGAAAGCCAUCUUCCAUAGUCAGUGGAAGAUCCUCAACGAUGUCAUCACCAAAGGAACAGCAAAAGAAGAAACAGAAGGAGGCUGCGCGUCCAUCUCCAUUAUUGCCCAAGCAGAGUGUGAGAACAGUCAGGAGUUCAGCCCCACUUUGUCAGAGAGAUCCUUCAUUGCCCACAGCAAGCGUUACAGCCGCUCAGACAGCCUCGAUCAGAUCCCAAACAAUGUGGCCCAUGCGACAGAGGGGAGGAUGGCUCCCACCUGCUGGAGGGGGAGGCAUCGCGGUAAGGCGAGGAAGAAGCGUCACAAGAAACGAUCCAAGCUGAAAAUACAAACGGUGGCUGCUGGCAGACGGGGCCCCAGAACUCCAGAACAGGAGAGCUGCACUCCGAUUCCCGUCCAGGAGGAUGAAACGCACCACAGUGCUCUCUACAGAAACAGCUUUUGGUUGUCAGAACUGAACAAGAACUUGCUUUAUGAUCCACCCCCGUUUCAGAAACCUGAGAAAGUUCUGUCCACAGGCAAGCUCCAUUCAGCGGGCAGCCAGCACAAAACUGACCUGCACAAGCUGAUAAGCCCUGUCCAGUGCCUUAAUCAUGUCUGGAAACUGCACUACCAGAGGGACAACGUCCCUCAGCCUGAAACUGUCUGUCCUUUUCCAUACAACAUCAUGCCCCCUCCCUUCCCACAUCUGGACAAUCCUAUCCAUCCCAUGAAGCUUAAUGCUCUGGAGACAUAUUUCCAUCGUGAUCUCAAUUACCCAGACAGCGAGCAUCGCUUGUCUGGCCUAAACCUGGGAUACAGCUUCCCCAAGUGCGUCAGCCAGUCUGUGAAAAGCAGCUUGGACAAGGUUUCUGUGGAAGAAUACUUGGUGGACGCCUUGAAGGGCAGCGUGAGCCUCGGGGAGCCGCAGAACUUAGCCAGCCUCGCGAAGACGUGGAGGGGAGGCGGUCUGGACCUGAAGGAACAGUUUCAAAAGGCGGAUGAGAAUGAAGGCGUGCUGCUCACUGAGAAACUAAAGCCAGUGGAUUAUGAGUACCGAGAAGAGGUUCACUGGACCAAGUGCCACGGCUCUCUGGGCAUCGGCUCUUUUGGAGAAGUAUACAAAGUGGAGGACAAGCAGACAGGAUUUCAGUGCGCUGCCAAAAAGGUGCAGGUCGAACACUUCCGUGCAGAGGAGUUAACGACGUGCGCAGCGAUAACGAGCCCUAAAGUUGUGCCUUUGUACGGUGCUGUGAAGGAGGGACCUUGGGUGACCAUCUUCAUGAAGCUGAUGGAGGGUGGAUCACUGGGUCAGCUAAUUAAGCAGAGCGGCUGCCUGCCCGAGGACAGAGCCCUCAGUUACCUGGGGCAGGCGCUGGAAGGUCUGGAGUACCUCCAUGCUCAGAACAUUCUCCAUGGAGAUGUGAAAGCGGAAAAUGUGCUUUUGUCUGAUGAUGGGAGCAGAGCUCUGCUGUGUGAUUUCGGUCACUCUGCUCAUCUCCAUCCUGAUGGCUUGGGGAAGUGCUUGGUCACAGGGAACUAUGUGCCCGGCACGGAGACACACAUGGCUCCAGAGGUGGUCCUGGGGAAGCGCUGCGACUCCAAGGUGGACGUGUGGAGCAGCUGCUGCAUGAUGCUGCACAUGCUGAACGGGUGCCACCCCUGGACGCAGUAUUACAACCAUCCCCUCUGUCUGAAGAUCGCGAAGGAGCCGCCUCCUCUGAGGGAAAUUCCACCUUCCUGCAACCCCCUCACUGCUGAGAUCAUUAAAAUGGGUCUGGAGAAGGAGCCCGUGCAGAGGGCGUCUGCAUCUGAGCUGAGGACCAAGGCCAGCACUGCGCUGCAAGAAGUGGGAGGUGUGACAAGCCCCUGGAGAGGCGAAUACAGAGAGCCCAGGCGUUUGGUGUUGCACCAAGAGAACAACCCGCAGACAUCCCUGCCCCCCGCAGUGAGCCCAGCUUCGGCCACUCCUGACCCAGAACCGGCAGCGGGAGGCUGCUGUGCCGGCCCUGCGCCACCGCCGGCCCUGGAGAGAGCGCAGCAGCGCGAGGGAACCCGCUGGAAUGCGAGCAGGGAGCUGUCCAGGAUCUGGGAUCCUCCUCCUCUCUCCUCCACUCCCCUCCCCUUAAAGAGCUGCAGCCAUACGGAGAGAGCAACCACCAUUUCUGAACAAGAGCUCCAGCAGCUGGAAAUAGAGCUGUUUCUGAACAGCCUUUCUCAGCCAUACUCACUGGAAGAGCAGGAACAAAUGCUUUCGUGUCUCAGCAUUGACAGCCCAUUUGUGUCAGAUGCCAGUGAGAAGAACUCCAUGAAGGCUUCCCUCAGCCUGCGGGACACCCUGAGCUCCGGCAUCCAUUCCUGGAACAGCCAGACAGACGGACAGAGCUUCAGUUGGAACAACGUGCUGAGCCGCAGCCGCCACACGGACACCCCCAGCUGCUUCAAUGGAGUGAAAAUCCAGAUCCAGUUGCUAAGCGGAGAAAAUUUACAUAUCAGGGAUUUCCACAGGACAAAGGUGGGAGACAUUGCCACUGGGAUAAGCAGCCAGAUACCAGUCCCCGCCUUCAGCCUGGUGACGAAGGAAGGCCACCCCGUUCACUACGACAUGGAAGUCCCCGACUCGGGGAUUGAGCUGCAGUGCACCCUGGCCCCGGACUGCAGCGUCAGCUGGGCGUGGAGAGUCAAACACGGCCAGCUGGAGAACAGGCCGUGAGGCCACUCCUGUUCGAGAGGUUUUUACCUUGCUGAAAUGUGGAAUUGCAAAAGCUUCUGAGCACCCCUGCCAUGGAGCACCACGCGCUGGAGUCUGGUGCUGAAGUAGGAUAGCGGCUCAGCACGGUGCUCUCACCUUGCUGCUGUUCCGGCCCCGUUCAGGACGUGUCCUGAAGUGUAGAUGUUCCCCAGAACAGUGGGCAGUGCUUGUUUUGGGUGUGUUAGAUUGAGCUUGAGAAUGGAAGGUGGAAAUUUCUGCUCUUCAGAGGAAUGCGAUUGUGCUUUUCAGGAGAACGUGGAGACUGGAUGAGAGCUCCCAUUGCUCAGCCAAGGGAAGCCAGUUGUUCCUGGGCUGGAAAGAGGCCGAGUGUCUUCAGAGCAGCUGUCGGUGCCCAGGGGAGCAGGCUGAUGUCUUCCAAGCUGGAGGAAAGCCAGAACGUGGCUGCAGGCUUUGAGUGGCAGCAUCUCUGCCUCGAGCCUUUCGCACGGGGAAGACACAGCAGUAACUGCCUGGGUUCUGGGUUUCACCUUCCACACAGACGUUUCCUUCCUGAAUCACAAAAGAGCUUUGUUUCCAGAAAGAGAUUUGGUUGCAGCUCUCAUCUUCAUAUCUCCUCCUGCCGUAGGAGCUGGGGCCAGAGGAGCACGGCCUGGGCAGGCAGCGCCACGUCCUGCAGCCCCACAGCUCCCCUGCAGGGGAUGGGGCAGAGGAGGACAGCUCAGACAAACUGCAUUCUGCUGCCAGAUUCCAUCUCCUCUCAAUCCCACGUUCAGCUGUGGAUUUGGCCCUGCUUCAGCCCCUCCUCACCCACUCGGAGCGCCGCUCAGUGUGGCACGGACUGGGCCAGCAGAUGGGCGCUUUGUGCCUUAAUUUCUGGUGACCUUUUUUACUGAUUUGUGUAUUUCUUUUUUGUAGUAUAUUGAAACUGUGUGUGUUGAAUUUGGCUGGGCAGCAGCUGCUCUCCCUUUGGUCACAGGUGGGCCCUGCCCAAUCCAGGCCGUCCGGGAGACACAGCGAGGCAGGGAUGUCGAAGGGAAAUCCACUUAAAACAGCUCAAAAAAGUUCAGCUCUGGACUUCUGCUCUGAGGAGCAGUGCCCCACAACCACUCUCUUUGGCUCCCACCACACAUGGCAGUGUUGUCCUUAACCAGAACCGUACAGCUGUCAUGCUGUAGGAAAGUGGAACUCUUGAAGAAAACUUAAACCCGUCCCCACUGUGGGUAUAAUUUCUUAUAGCACUUUUUUGUUCUGAAGCACUUAAUCCACUGUCUGAAAUGGGCUCCCAGCUGUUCUGAACCGCAGCCACUGGAGGAAGUAUCCCACUAAAACAUGACGCAUUUCCCGGCACAGACUGCAGAGCUUUACACUUCACCUACAGCAUUAACGCCGCUCUGAGGGCUGCGGGUGCACAGCAGUCCGGUGCGAAGCUGGGAUGGGGGGAUGUGGGCGUCCUCCUGUCCCCACACAGCAUCGCCACCCUUCCAUCCUGCUCCUUUCCUCCAAACCCUGCGCUGUUCUGCAGCAGCCCCUGGCACAAAGCAGCGGGCAGGGCUGAUCCGUGUGGCUUUAAGGCUGUGCUGCCUGCCCUGUGGGCUCUCUUCUCUCCUGCUGCCGGCCCGCCUUCCUGUUGCUGUGGCUGGUUUUGCUGUGGCAGGCUGAAAAAUGCCACUUCCAGGAGGGCCGCGCAGUGCUGACGCUCAGGGAAGGUUUUUGUUAUCCAUGCUAACUGCUAACGUCUGCCUGAGCCGUGCAUGAGAACACAGUCAGGCUGUAGGCCCGACCUCAGCAGAGCAGCAGCACACGGUGCUUCUGUCACAUAGAUCCUUCCUGCAGCCCUUGGAAAACCCGCUUUGGCACAGCAGCGCGGGGCCGGGGCUGAGGGCAGCGCUGGUUCUACAGCACGUGUGACACUUUAUCAAGCUGCCGUUUCUGGAAACCAAUGUUUCACCUGCAGCUUCACCGAGGGGAAAAAAAAUAAAAGCUGGGUAUAAAGAAAAGAAA